AUGGACAGCAUGGAGGAACUUGGUGCGGCUGCGGGGCACCAAGACCCGCGGCGCACGUUGCUCGUGGUCUACAUCCACGGCUUCAUGGGCAACGACACUUCGUUCCAGCGGUUCCCGGCCCACAUGCAUGAGUUCCUGCGCGAGUCGCUCGCCGAAACCCACGCCGUCCACACAAAGAUAUAUCCGCGUUACAAGACGUACCGCACCAUCGACGUCGCCACCGAGAACUUUAGCCGCUGGCUCUCGCCCCACGAGGGUCCGACCACCGAUGUCGUCCUGGUCGGCCACUCGAUGGGUGGCCUGCUGGCCGCCGAUGUCGUUUUGCUGCCUGCGCCGGGGGUUCAGGGUGGUGGGAGAGGACGUCGCAGGCAUAGGAUCCUCGGUACGGUUUCUCUGGAUUCCCCGUUUUUGGGCCUGCAUCCGGGCAUCAUCACCGCCGGCAUCGCGAGCCUGUUUAGGAAGUCGCCCGAGCCGCCCGGUAAAGACGCCUGGGCGGAGGCGGAGCAGCGCGGCCGGCUCGGAGCGGCGCCGUCCACUCCGAAUUUCCCGGCCCUCAGCCCGUCGUCCAGCCUCUCGCCGGAACCAUCGCUGCACGGCGACGUGAGCGACCUGAGCCCGGCGCCGUCGGGGGCAAGCUCGUCCACGGGGGCUUCUUAUUUCCAGUCCAACGCGAGCCAAGGGACCGUCGGCAGCAGCAGCAACGGCAGCGGCAAGCAAAACGCGCUGCCGUCGGCCCUCGACAGCAUCAUCAGCAUCGGCAGGUCGGCCACGGCUGUUGGCAAGUCGGACCCGCACUACAACCCGCCGUUCUUCAACGACGUCCAGUUCAAGGACCGCGGCUUCUUCCGAAACGUGUGGCAUUUUGCCCAGAAGCGCAAGCUCGAAGGCGAGAACCUCAUCGACGCAGCGACAGAUCACAUAGUGCGGCACCUGCAGUUUGGCAAGUGCCUCGCGGACCUGAAGGGUCUACACGCCAGGUACGACGCGAUUCGUGCGCUGGAGGACGAGGGCAUCGAGACGAGGGUCAGAUUCGUGAAUUACUACACGGCGUCAACAGGGAGGCUCAAGGAGCUCAAGGAGCCCAAGGACCGGUCUAAGUCGCCGCUUCAAAGGUCCCACUCUAGGGAGAACUCGAGAACUGGUUUGGAAGCCAGUAGGGCGACGGUGGAUGCGGCUACAGGUGCUGUCACUACUACUGGUGGUCUCUUGGACGCGCCAGACAGGGCGUCAGACUCCUCAGAGCUCACGACACCAAGGAUAUCAAUCGAGCAUCACGGAGGUUCUCCCAACCCCAAUGCUUCCGGGAUCGGCGGUGCCAGGAACGGAAAGAUUCAGGACACCAGAGAUAGCAGAGAUGUGAACGGAUCCUCUGCAUCAAAUCCAGACAUGUCACAUGAGCGAAUAAACCCAGAGACACCGCCACCGGCAUAUGAAUCGGGCACCAACACACCAGAACUCAGAUCCAUCUCGCCGAAUCCUGAAGAAGAAGCACCACCCCCACUUCCCCAACGGCCAGCCCCAAACCCAGCAGGUGAGACGUCCUCAGACAAGCCCGAGGAUGACAGCAACAUUCCUCCAGCGCCUCAGGAGCCACAAAGAUUGAAAAUCCCCGAAGACGUGACACCUGAAGAACGCAAGCGGUUGGACAAGGAGCAUAAGCAGGCCUUGAAAAAGUACGAGCAGGACGUCAAGGCGCGGAUCAAGGCGAUCAAGGAACGGGACAAGGCUAUCGAGAAGGAAAGGUCCAAGAGGGAGAAGGAGAAACAGAAGCGAGAAAAGGAGGAGCAGAAAAAGCGGGACAAGGAGGCCAAAGAAAAGACAAAGCAGAAGGAGAAGGAGGAAAAGGAGCAAGGGCAGAACCAGAGUAGCGAGGACGGAGGGGCGGCGGCGGCGGCGGAAGAUUCUCACCGUGCAGAGAGCAACGGGACUAAUACAACCACCACCCACGAUAUCGUGCUCCGGCAAGCAGCCGACGCCAUAGCCGCCGGCAACCAGCACCAUAAUCAGGCAGACGGCGACAGGGCCGCGCUGGCGAGCAGCAGCAGCAGUAAUAACGCGGACAAGGAGAAGAAGCCCAAGAAACUGCGCAAGUUCUGUAUGCUCCCGAGGAAAAAGAGCGACGGCAGCAGAGACAGCUGCUGGAUAGAUGUGUACAUGGAGGGCAUGGACGAGGUCGGCGCACACUGCGGGCUCUUCUUUCCCGGGCCGCAAUACGAGACGCUCAUCGGGGACGUAGGCAUGCGGAUCCAGGGGUGGGUGCACGAGGAUGCCUCGAGACGGGCGAUGUUGGAAGGUUGA